CGACACGAGGGCCGAAAAUUGGCGGAUCCGACGUGAGGUGCGACUGCUCUCGACGCCGAUGCCAGCGUCUCCUCAGCGGCAACGGAGCCAGCUGUGGAAGAAGAUGACGACGAACGCGAGAACAGGAAGAUCUCCAGUGUGUGCUAUUCCAUUGUCGCGCCUGCUUCGAAAACUGCGAAUCACGUCGCAGCAACGGACAACGAACAAGGCGCGCUCGGGAUAAAAGGCGAUCACGUGACGCAGAGGACUGUAGCGCACCUGCAACUCGACUCCUAAGGCGGGACUUUCCACACCACUGUCACCAUGAAAAAAACCGAAAGCAAAGGCAAAGCGUGCGCGAAGUGCAAGGCCGAGCUGGUUCCCGUCGCGCCUAUCGCGCACCGUGACACAGCCUCGACUGCAAGCGGGACCGCGAGCGCCAGCUCUUCGAGCGACGGCCUGCGCGACUUCGAGGACGCCUCGUGGGAGGCGACGGGCAGCAACAUCACGGCGGCCAUUGAGGCCCGACUCAAGACGGAGCAGAAGGCGCCGCGCAAAAGGCGCAGGGUCGGCCGCAGCUUCAGCAAGACCAUGUACCCCGGCGCGACGAGCAGCGACAGUUCCUCGUCGGUGAACGCGAAGAGCGCAACCGGCGGUCGAUCGAUCUGCAGCAGCGCCUUCGUGUACCCGGCAGUGGCCAUCAUCGUGACCCUGCUCAUCACUGGCGCAAUCGUGGCGGCUCUGCGAAGGGAAGGGACGGACGCCGACGAACAGCUGCGCACCGGUCUCCCAAAGAAGGCAACGUCCUCUCUUACCGAGUGCCCCUGCAACGCCGGUGCGAGCAGCACCCCCGCCGACCCCGAAGAAGACGACGUCGACUCCGAACAGCCGGACAGGACUCCACACCGCCCGACCAGACGCCGCCGCCGGCACUCCAGCGUCGAGCACUCGACAGCGCUCGGGAGAGGGAGGACCCCGGACGGAGCUCGCGCCGAGGCCGCGACGAACGCGAGCGAAGCGACGAGCUCUUCCGGAACCUCAGAGCGUGAACCAUCUAACGGCGUGACAACGACGCAGCCCGCCACCGAAGGAAAGCGGCACAAAACGGCGACGCGAAGUCAUCGAAGACGCGGCGGCAGUGGGUCGACUCGUAGGAGUCGCCGCGUCGACUCGCCUACUACUGCCGCAACGCUGGGAAAGAAAUACCGUUCGACGACGACGGUUGGCGAUGACGAGUUCUUGGAAUGGGCGGUCAGAGAGAAAGGGAGAAACGCGGUAGCCAACACGUGGUCGACGACUGGAGACAGAAUAGAGAACGGCAAGGCGAAGUCGUUGAAAGAGGCACCCGUGACCAAGCAAGGCAACGUCUUAGCCUCGAGGGUGGAACCCCCGACUGAGCGUGGCGCGGACGCAGAUGUACGACGUCAUCAGCGAGACGCCGACGGAACCACUCGUGGAAAACGCCGCCCUAAGCGUCGCAAACGGCCUACGUCGCUUCGUACAAGACGAAGCAAAACUGCACCUGUGACGUAGGCUCCACAUAUGUGAACCUUUACUCCUACGCUUCCGCUAGGGUCAUUCCACGCAGAGGUGCCGUGCUUGUCUAGCGCACUUAUAGCGUAUAUAAACCAUUCAUCUUCCUACGUGGAUUACUUAAUUAUGGUUAUUAGAAUUUGUAAUUCGGUGCGUCAGAAAUUGUAAAUACGUGAAAACAUUCAAGAGCUACGCCUCUCAGUUGAUUUGUGGUGAUAAAAGACACCCAGACCAAGUCUUCUGCGCCAUUAGGAACGAGAAUCGGGUCUCGAAACCAAAGUUAUCCCGUUGUCAAGUGCGUAUGCGACCACUCUGUGGUAGUUCUGGAGGUUACUGUUGCAGCGCCUGCCAUCGCUGAUAGGCCUGAAUGGUCUUUUGAAAACAUGUAAAUUUCACAGUGAUGCGGCGCAUUCUCGUGAGCAUGCAGGCUGGUGCGUUCUUAGUAGGGGUCUCAUACAUGCCACAACGUACAUCCUCACAGAACUCGUAUAAUGAUUGAUGUAUAUAGAACACAUUAGUACACUAUUCGUUGGGAGAUCUAGAGGAGUCAAUGGCUGAUGAGCCGUCGACUCCUCUAGUCAUGGCUAUUGUUAGUGUGGCUUGUGCUAGUGCGACCAUGGCUAGUGCGGCUGGUGCCUCGGGUGCUGUGCCAGCUCGUAUUGUCUACAUAUGCAUGUAAGGCGUGGAUAUAACGUGAAUACUAUGUUACAUAAGCUAGUCUGUGACUUUAAUAGAGUGAACUGCAGCAUUGCGACUUGCACAUCCAUGUCUAGUCCUCAUAAAA